AUGGACAACUCCCCGACGCUGCCCGCUUUCCGGGCCAUCUUUCUUGGCUUUGCCCGCCACGGCAAGAGAGUGCGUGAUCUACCCCCAGCAGGAAGCCUUACGCAAAGGCUCACGUCCUCUGCCUGGACAAUCACAAAUCUCGAGGCUCUCUUCGAAACCUUUGUGAAGUUGCCGCACAACACAAAGCCCAGUGAGAGAACCAUCUACUGGAUCCUGGUCGCUUUCGACACGCUCAGUGAUCAUGCAAAACCGAAAUUACGCAAGGUCUGGGAGAAGCUCGAAGAGAGAUUCGGCGGGGGCUGGGGAGGCAGGCUGGAGCACUUCAAAAGGAGGAUCUAUGACGGGCGCAAAAUCAACUAUUCUAACCAAGACAGUGUCCGUUCACAUCGUUCCACCGUUCUGCAACCUCCAUUCCACGAACUCCUCCCAGCUUACGGUGCACUUCUGACUCUGCCUGCCUUCCGGAUCAAGCUGUCGAUUGUUUCGAACUUGUCCCAGCCUUGCUCCGACGCAAUUUCCGGAAGAUAG